GCCCGCAGAGCUCCAGGGCACACCCUCCGUGACGUGACGGCCCCCCUGGAGCCCAUGGGGGAUGGUUCGCGGCUCUCCCUGGCCCCUACGGGUCCCCGCCAAGAAAGGUUCCUCCGCGGGGGCUGCUCUGGCCCCUGCCGGCUCAGCACGCUGAAGCCUUUCUUUUGCUGCUGCGUCCUUUUCCCCAUCCCCGGGCUCUUUGCUUGGUCCCCGGCCGUCCGAAGCCAAGAGACUCGCUUCCCCACCUCCUCUCCGGUGACCCCGGGGUCUGCACCCGGCUAGUAACCCCUGCCCACUGUCCCGAAAGCAUCGCGGGAUGGCCCUCCAGGAAAAGCGGCAGCAAGGCUUUCACUUCCCGGCCUGGUGCAGCUCACUGGCCCGAGGCGGCCCGGGCUGCGUUCAGGCCUCAGUGGUUUCCUUCUAGACAGACUUCUUUUCAUGAAAUUCUGAGCAGUGGCCGUUGGGGACUGUGGGACAGGCUGGUUUCCUCAAAGCAGCAUUGUGCCUCCUCGUGGCCCGGUGCUUUCUGGGCCUCCGGCCCUGCGGAGGUUGGGGUACUCUGAAGUCAGUACCUUUCAUUACGGGUUUUAAGGGGUGCUUCAUAAAUCGUUCUUCCUGAGGAACAUAUUGAAACCUCAUUUGUUCUGAGCCUCACUUAUGGGCCUGCCAAACUUUCACAUACUUCACCUCUGUGGUUAUAAAACUUUUGGGGGGUAUAGAGUACUUUGUGAAUUUCAUGAAAAUCAUAAACCUUCUCUCCCCCAAAAAGGUACAUAUUAAUAUGCAUAUUUUAUAUAUAAAGGAAUUCAGAGCCUCCCACCCCCACCCCAUAUGUGGACUCAUUUUAAUUUUCCCAACCAUUCUUUGAGCUGUAUGACUUUGGCUUUCAAGAUUCUCUUCCCAUCAACCCUCCGUGCACUCAGCCGAAAAGAAUUGUGCCUAUUCCGAGAAGAACAUCUUUGGCCAAACAUAAAACAUUUCAGCCAGUGGUCAGAAACAGAUCGGCUUCAUGGGCCCUGCCUACUCCGGAAAAGAAAGCCUGUUCUGUCAUUCCAGGAAGGCAGUCUAAGACUACGUGCCACCUGCCUUGUCUUAUUGCCAGGGUCGCAUGUGGGACUCUGCAGUGGGCCCUGUGAGAUGGCUGAGCAACGGUUCUGUGUUGACUAUGCCAAGCGUGGCACAGCCGGCUGCAAAAAAUGCAAGGAAAAGAUUGUAAAGGGUGUGUGCCGAAUCGGCAAAGUGGUACCUAAUCCUUUCUCAGAGUCCGGGGGUGAUAUGAAAGAGUGGUACCACAUUAAAUGCAUAUUUGAGAAACUGGAGCGGGCCCGGGCCACCACAAAAAAAAUCGAGGACCUCACAGAGCUGGAAGGCUGGGAAGAGCUGGAAGAUAAUGAGAAAGAACAGAUAAACCAGCACAUUACAGAUCUAUCUUCUAAGACAGCAAGCACACCAAAGAAGAAAGCUGUUGUCCAGGCUAAGCUGACAGCUACUGGCCAGGUGACAUCUCCAGUGAAAGGUGCCUCAUUUGUUACCAGUACCAAUACCCGGAAAUUUUCUGGCUUUUCAGCCAUGCCCAACAACUCUGGGGAAGCCCGCUCAAGCCCUACCCCUAGAAGAAGUCUUUCCUCAAGCAAAUGUGACCCUAAGCACAAGGAUUGUCUGCUACGUGUGUUUCGGAAGUUGUGUGCCACAGUGGCUGAAAAUCCUAGCUACAACAUGAAGACUCAGAUCAUCCAGGACUUCCUUCGGAAAGGCUCAGCAGGAGAUGGUUUCCACGGUGAUGUGUACCUAACAGUGAAGCUGCUUCUACCAGGUGUUAUUAAGAGUGUUUACAACUUGAAUGAUAAGCAGAUCGUGAAGCUUUUUAGCCGCAUUUUUAACUGCAACCCAGAUGAUAUGGCACGGGACCUAGAGCAGGGUGACGUGUCAGAGACGAUCAGAGUCUUCUUUGAGCAGAGCAAGUCUUUCCCCCCAGCUGCCAAGAGCCUCCUCACCAUCCAGGAGGUGGACGAAUUCCUCCUGCGGCUCUCCAAGCUCACCAAGGAGGAUGAGCAACAACAGGCCCUGCAGGACAUCGCCUCCAGGUGUACAGCCAAUGACCUCAAGUGCAUCAUCAGCAAUAAGGUCAAAGACAGUGUUUUUUAUUUCCAUGCUCCUGUUCACAUUGGCAGGUUAGACGCCCUUGACCCCAAUGCCUAUGAAGCCUUCAAAGCCUCGCGCAACCUGCAGGAUGUGGUUGAGCGGGUCCUUCACAAUGAGCAGGAGGUGGAGAAGGAGCCAGGCCAGAGACGAUCUCUAAGUGUGCAGGCCUCACUGAUGACCCCAGUGCAGCCCAUGCUGGCCGAGGCCUGCAAGUCCAUAGAGUAUGCGAUAAGGAAGUGUCCUAAUGGCAUGUUCUCUGAGAUCAAGUAUGAUGGGGAGCGAGUCCAGGUGCAUAAGAAUGGGGACCACUUCAGCUACUUCAGCCGCAGUCUCAAGCCUGUAUUACCUCACAAGGUGGCCCACUUUAAGGACUACAUCCCCCAGGCUUUCCCUGGGGGCCACAGCAUGAUCUUGGAUUCUGAGGUGCUCCUGAUUGACAACAAGACAGGCAAACCACUGCCUUUUGGGACUUUGGGAGUGCACAAGAAAGCUGCCUUCCAGGAUGCUAAUGUCUGCCUGUUUGUUUUCGAUUGUAUCUACUUCAAUGAUGUCAGUUUGAUGGACAGGCCUCUGUGUGAGCGGCGGAAGUUUCUUCAUGAUAAUAUGGUUGAAAUUCCCAAUCGGAUCAUGUUCUCAGAAAUGAAGCAAGUGACGAAAGUCUCAGACUUGGUUGACAUGAUAAACCGGGUGAUCAGAGAGGGAUUGGAAGGGCUGGUGCUGAAAGACGUGAAGGGUACAUAUGAGCCUGGAAAGCGGCAUUGGCUGAAAGUGAAGAAAGACUAUUUGAAUGAGGGGGCAAUGGCUGACACAGCUGACCUGGUGGUCCUUGGGGCCUUCUAUGGGCAAGGGAGCAAAGGUGGCAUGAUGUCCAUCUUCCUCAUGGGCUGCUACGAUCCAAGCAGCCAGAAGUGGUGCACAGUCACCAAGUGUUCAGGUGGCCAUGAUGAUGCAACACUGGCCCGCCUGCAGAAGGAGCUGGACAUGGUGAAAAUCAGCAAGGAUCCCAGCAAGAUACCUAGCUGGCUGAAAAUCAACAAGAUCUACUAUCCUGACUUUAUCGUCCCAGACCCAAAGAAAGCUGCCGUGUGGGAGAUCACAGGAGCUGAAUUCUCCAAAUCUGAGGCUCACACAGCUGAUGGGAUCUCCAUCCGAUUCCCUCGCUGCACCCGAAUCCGUCAUGAUAAGGAUUGGAAAUCUGCCACUAACCUCCCCAAGCUCAAGGAACUGUACCAGCUAUCCAAGGAGAGGGCAGACUUCACCGUGGUGGCUGGAGAUGAGGGGAGCUCCACUACAGGGGGCAGCAGCGGAGAGAAUGAGGGCACCUCAAAGCCUUCUGUGUCUCGCAAAACCAGAACCUCCCCCAAGCAUCCUUCUGCCAGUGCCAAGAAGGCAGAAGGAAAUCUGAGUAGCCCUAACAGCAAAGGUGGCCACAAGCUGACUGCAAAGCCUUCUCCUGUGAAGGUGGGAGAGAAGCUGGUCACAAAGUCUUCUGUGAAAGUUGGGGUGAAGCGGAAGGCUCCUGAUGAGACCCCAUGCCAAGCAAAGGUGCUACUAGACAUCUUCACUGGGGUGCGGCUCUACCUGCCGCCCUCCACACCAGACUUCAGCCGUCUCAGACGCUACUUCGUGGCAUUCAAUGGGGACUUGGUACAGGAAUUUGACAUGGCCUCAGCUACACAUGUGCUGGGUAGCAGGGACAAGAACCUUGAGGCCCAACAGGUCUCCUCCGAGUGGAUUUGGGCAUGUAUCCGGAAACGGAGACUGGUAGCUCCCUGCUAGGACUGCUGCCUACCCUUCCCUACCAUGGGUUCUGGCUGGGGCAGAACAGGAUGGGGACAGACUUUCUUCUCCAAGCAAUGUGUCUUCCAAAACCCACCAACCAUGCAUGGUCUCUCCCCAGCCAGGAGUCAGGUGCUAUGGGUGCCACCAGUGAAGAAACUGACUUCCGUUUCUCCUGCUGGUUUACAUAGAUCUUUCAGAUCUGUGUGCUAGUUUUGUCUUUUUGUUCUUUAAAAAGCUUUUUUCCUUUAAAAAAAAAAUAACACAUCUUACAGUUAUCUCUGUCCUUCCCCCCACUUCUACCCCGAGUAAAGUCAAGGCUGGGCUACUGAAGCUCUGUCCACGAAGCCAAUCCCAGUGACAGUCUUCUUCUUCCUGCCUGCCUCCUUUUACUUCUAGGCUCAUUUUAAAAUUGUAUUUCAGAGACUGCCCUCCCUCAGAAAAAUGCUGCUUACAUUUGGCAAAACUUGUAUUCAUCCCUUUUUCCCAGGAAUGAAACCUCAUUGGAAAGAAAAUAAAAUGAAUUUUCUGACA